UACUCCCAUUCUCUUUGAAUUAAGAUAUCCCUGCUGUUUACUUCGAACCGUGGUGAUUCACACUCACCCUCUUCUUUGUCUCUAAUUGAUUCCUAUCCGCAACGUGGAAAUCCCCAAUACCGCAGAAAUAUAACCCACCCCGAGUUAAUCCACUACUUUCACCACCUGGAAGUUAGUAACGCAUCGAGCUUCCCCGCAUCCACUCUACACCAACACAACAGACAUACCAACCAACCCCCUACGGGCAAAAAUCCAAAGAAACAAGAUGCAAGCCGUCCCCGAAUCGCGCCAACAAACCUUCGAGGAGAUCUACGGCCCUCCGGAAAACUUCCUCGAGAUAGAAGUACGAAACCCCCAAACGCACGGCACCUCCCGGAACAUGUACACGUCAUACGAAAUCGUGUGUCGAACCAACAUCCCGGCGUUCAAACUGAAACAUUCCGUCGUAAGGCGCCGAUACUCCGAUUUCGAGUACUUCCGGGAUAUACUGGAGCGGGAGUCGACGAGGGUGACGAUCCCGCCGCUGCCGGGGAAGGUAUUCACGAAUCGGUUCAGUGAUGAUGUGAUUGAGCAUCGGCGGGAGGGGUUGCAGCGGUUUUUGCAGAUUGUGGCGGGUCAUCCGUUGUUGCAGACGGGGAGUAAGGUGUUGGCGAGUUUUGUGCAAGAUCCGAAUUGGGAUCGGAAUGCGUGGUAAAGUAUACUGCGUUGGGGUAGGAGGGAUGGAGGGAUGGAGGGGUGAGUGGGUUGGGGAUAUGGUAUGGUAUGGGAGAAUGAAUGAGGGAGGGUAUAUGGUAUGGUAGGAGGGAAUUAUUGGCAAUUGCGGGUUCAGGUAGGGUAGGUAGUAUUCGUCUGUUCUUUUUCAUUCUGCUGUCUGUCUGGCGGAUAUCAUGUAACUAGCGUUCUGUUUGUCAUUCUGCAAUCAGUGUUUGUUCUGUCUUUCAUGUCUGUCUGUUCUUAGCAUAAAAGCUGUUAUCAUCCUGAGCAUCUUCAGACUACUCCCAUGCAAUCUACUAUGUGACUGCAAUUAGUCAAUAACACUUCUCUACUGAUGUUUAAAUGCAACUACACUAGCUAUGCAGGCAUCUAUGCAGCUCACUAUGCAAGCUCAUCCCACAUCGGCGCCAACGUAUUAUCUGCCCACGUCGCA